AUGGAACACUUGAAAACUGUCGUAGGAUGUACCAAGAGAAAUGAGGAAACAUAUAUCCAUGGUUUUGCAUUUGAGUACAAGCUUGACAACUCUGAGUUGCACUCAAUAUUCUGGGCCGAUAAUGUUGCAAGGCGUAACUAUGAAGAAUUCAGCGACAUAAUGUCGUUUGAUGCAACGUAUCGAACAAACAGGUACAACAUGAUGUUUGUCCCAUUCACGGGAAUAGACAACCAUAACAAAUGCGUAACCUUUGUUGCCGGGUUGAUAAGAGAUGAGAAGCAAGAAACUUACACAUGGCUUCUCAAAUGCCUCAUGGAUACAUUCAAGAAAGAGCCAACAAUGGUGGUAACAGAUCAAGACAAAGCCAUGGAGAUUGGAAUAAGAAGUCUCCUUUGCAGACAUUGUUUCAGUGUUUUGAAGAACAAUAAUAUAGAGGAAAUACCCGCACAAUACAUCAUGAAGCGUUGGACCAAGGGCAUCAUACCGCCAGAUUUGAGAUCUAGCAGAAACAUAUUCGACAAUGGAAAUGUUGGUACUCAAAGGUUGGUUGCUAAAGUAAGCUCAGUUUUUGAGGAUUGCUUGCAUCUUCUUUUGAAUAAUGAUGAAAAACUUGAAGAAUUUCUGAAGAAAGUUAAAUCAUUUAAGUCAGAAGUUGAGGCUGAUAUGGCAAAGCAAGCACUAAAGAAAAAAAAUUAA